AUGUCAGGCUUGUACAAUCCCAACUUCUCUCCUGCUAGAGCUGCUUCCCCUCAGAUUAGGAGCAACCCAGACGUGGACAGUCAGUACCUAUCAGAGUUGCUGGCAGAACAUCAGAAGCUUGGACCCUUCAUGCAGGUGCUUCCCAUAUGCAGCCGCCUCCUAAAUCAAGAAAUAUUAAGAGUCUCUGGAAUGUUGUCCAACCAAGGUUUUGGUGACUUUGAUAGACUGCGGCAUAGAAGCCCUAGUCCUAUGGCUUCUUCAAACCUUAUGUCCAAUGUCAGUGGAACAGGGUUGGGUGGAUGGAAUAGCCUUCAGCAGGAGAGAUUAUGUGGACCCCCUGGAAUGACAAUGGACUGGCAAAGUGCACCUGCAAGUCCUAGUUCAUUCACUGUUAAAAGGAUAUUGCGCCUGGAAAUUCCAGUAGAUACAUAUCCCAAUUUCAAUUUUGUUGGAAGACUUCUGGGGCCUAGAGGCAACUCUUUGAAACGUGUAGAAGCUACUACUGGUUGUCGUGUGUAUAUUAGAGGAAAAGGAUCGAUAAAGGAUCCGGAUAAGGAGGAGAAAUUACGAGGAAGACCAGGCUAUGAGCAUCUCAAUGAACCACUGCACAUUUUGAUUGAGGCUGAUUUACCUGCUAAUGUUGUUGAAAUAAGGCUCAGGCAGGCUCAGGAAAUCAUUGAAGAACUGUUAAAGCCUGUGGAGGAGUCACAGGACUACAUCAAGAGGCAGCAGUUGCGUGAACUUGCCAUGCUGAAUUCAAAUUUCAGAGAAGAGAGUCCAGGGCCAAGUGGUAGUCUGUCCCCAUUCAACUCUAGCGGAAUGAAACGUGCAAAGACAGGUCGCUGA